AUGGCUUCUGUUUUCACAUCCAACAAAACAAUCCGAGUUUGUCCUUUCCUUAAUGGAGAGAUGGAAAGCUCAGAAACCAAAACUAACAGCACAUGGGUUCGUCCCAAUUUGGCCAGCAGAUGUACAUGGAAACCAGGGAAACCCAUCUCAGAGUCUCCUCAUGGCUGUGUGCCUCUGCCAAAAGAACCAAAGAUUUUGUCAAAUAUUUUGGAGAAAAUUGGGCACACUCCAAUGGUCCGUGUCAAUACAAUUUCAAAAGCCUAUGGGCUUAAAUGCGAGCUGUUGGCCAAAUGUGAAUAUUUCAAUGCUGGAGGGAGUGUGAAGGACCGAAUCACCGUGAGGAUGAUAGAAGAUGCUGAAAGAGCUGGUACCCUAAAACCAGGUGACACAAUCAUUGAGCCCACCUCAGGAAACACAGGUAUUGGACUGGCCCUGGUAGCUGCAGUGAAAGGCUAUCGCUGCAUCAUUGUCAUGCCUGAGAAAAUGAGCAUGGAGAAGGUGGAUAUCCUUAGAGCUCUUGGGGCUGAGAUUGUAAGAACUCCAUGUACAAGGUACGAUGCCCCAGAAUCUAAUGUUCGUGUUGCUUGGAAACUGAAAAAUGAAAUCCCAAACUCACAUAUUUUGGAUCAGUACCGAAAUCCAAGCAACCCAUUGGCACACUAUGACACCACAGCUGAGGAGAUUCUGGAGCAAUGCGAUGGCAAAGUUGAUAUGUUUGUGGCUGGAGCUGGCACAGGAGGUACCAUCAGUGGUGUUGCCAGAAAGCUGAAGGAGAAAUGUCCAGAAUGCAAAAUUGUUGGAGUAGAUCCUGAUGGCUCAAUUGUUGCUUUGCCCAGCUCCCUGAACACAGUGGCAGCAGAAGAUACAACAAUGGAAGUGGAAGGAAUUGGACAUGAUUUUAUCCCAACGGUACUUGAUCGAUCUGUGAUCGAUCAGUGGUGCAAGAGCAACGACACGGAAUCCUUUCUCAUGGCCCGUAGACUGAUUAGAGAUGAAGGUUUGCUUUGCGGAGGCAGUGCAGGCAGUGCAAUGUCUGUGGCAGUGAAAGCUGCCAAGGAGCUAAAAGAGGGCCAACGCUGUGUUGUCCUCUUACCUGACUCUGUGAGGAAUUACAUGUCUAAGUUUCUAAAUGACAAAUGGAUGACCAAGAAUGGAUUUCUAAAAGAAGAUGUUCAAGAACAUCAUCCUUGGUGGUGGAAUAUGAAGGUUCAGAAACUGAAUCUUGCAGCCCCUCUCACUCUUCUCCCAGAUGUGAACUGUCAAAAAGCAAUUGAAAUUCUCCGUGAGAAGUCAUAUGACCAGGCACCAGUUGUCGCUGAAUCGGGGCUCAUCUUGGGAAUGGUAACACUCAGCAACAUACUCUCCUCAAUCCUAGCAGGAAAUGCCCAGUUCUCGGACCCAGUUAUGAAAGUCAUUUACCAACAGUUUUCAAAGAUUAGCCUGGAUGACACGCUUGGCAAACUUUCAAGAAUCUUGGAAAAUGAUCACUUUGCUAUUGUUGUCCAUGAAGUGGAGCAAUACAAUGCAGAUGGCACCUCCUUCAUGAAACAGAUGGUAUUCAGUGUGGCUACAGCUGUUGACCUCCUCAGCUUUGUCACUCCAAAGGACAAGAGCCAUGAGAUAAAAGGUGCAACAUCCAAAUCAGCUUCUUUUGAAAGAACUUUCUCUGCAGCAGAAUUAGAAAGAAAAUAACUCUUUUUUAAAGUAUAACCUUCUGGCAUUGUUUGCCAAUACGGCUAGGUGUACCUGUUUUAAUUUGUCUAACAGUUCUUGGACAUAAUGUGUUCAAUGUCAUCCUAAUGCUACCAAAGGGAAUAAUCUGGGAUCAGGAUGAUCUGAGAAGAGCUUUUAAAAUUGAAAUAAGCAACUAUUAUGAUAACCUGUAAAAAAUGAGAUUCUUGGAAGAAAACAGAUUCUUGGAAGUCCUAUGAGGUUUUGCAGAAUCGAUUUCUAUGUGAUGUUUUGUUUGCAUUAAUGGUGUCUGAUAAAUGUAUGUCAAAAUCUGCUGGCAGAGGAAUAAAUACUACAUAUGCAAUAGCUUUUUUGAAAUAAAUGUAGAGUCCCUAUUUUUGAGGGAGUUUUUCACACUCAAGUCCCAGUGAAAUUAUGACAGCCAUUUUUGCCAGUGCUCUCAGUGAGACUUAAGUCUA